AUGGCAAAAGCACCUGGUAGAACUGUCUGCAUUACAUGUGGCAAAGAAAAAGCUACGUUUAAGUGUGGAGGAUGUGCACAAGAAUUUUGUUUUAAUCAUUUGGGUGAUCACAAGCAAGAGCUUAGUAAACAAUUUGAUGAAGUUGAAAUUAAUCGUGAUCUCUUUCGACAAACACUUACCGAACAAACAAAUAAACCACAGAAGCAUCCAUUAAUCCAAUAUAUUGAUACAUGGGAACGUGAUUCAGUCAAUAAAAUUCGACAAAAAGCAGAAGAAGCAAGGCAACUAGUAUUUACACAUAUUACUGAAUCUAUUAAACAACUAGAAAGCAGAUUAAAUCAAUUGACUGAUCAAUUACGACAAAGUCGUGCUGAAAACGAUUUUUUUGAAACAGAUUUACUUCGAUGGAAUAAUGAUUUGAUACAAUUGAAAGAAGAACUUACUAAACCGUCAAAUAUCAAUCUUCGACAAGAUACUACACCACUUAUUACUACACUUUCAAUUGAUGUUACAUCUUUUGCUGGAGGAUUUGGUCGUGGCGAUGGCUUAAAUCAAAUGUCAAACCCAUGGGGCUUAUAUGUUGAUGAUGAUCAGACUAUAUAUGUGACUGACUACUCGAAUCAUCGUAUUGUGAAAUGGAAAUAUAGUUCGACUAGUGGUCAAAUAGCUGCGGGUGGAAAUGGAUCAGGAAAUUCCACAAAUCAGUUGUAUAGUCCGACAGAUGUAGUUAUUGACAAAGAGAAUGAUUGUCUUAUUAUUUGCGAUUACGGCAACAGGCGAGUAGUGCGAUGGCCUCGUCGAAAUAGCACAUGUGGACAAACAAUCAUCCAAAACGUUGGCUGUUGGGGUCUAGCAAUGGACAACAAUGGAUAUCUCUAUGUGGGAGACUAUGAAAAUCAUGAAGUAAGACGAUGGAAACUUGGAGACACUAAUGGAAUAAUAGUAGCUGGUGGGAAUGGAGAAGGUGAUCAUCUCAAUCAGCUUAGUGGUCGUUUUUACAUUUUCGUCGAUAAGGACCAAUCAGUGUACGUAUCAGAUGAGUAA